AUGGAAUCGAAACAGCAGACGAUGCUCGUCUGGCAAACAUUUGUUUGUCUUCUAUAUUUCAUUGUAUUUUUUAAUGGUAUAUCAGCAAACACGGAACCGGAGAUCGUUUCAACUGAAAAUGAAAUUAUUACUUAUACUAAUCAUACAGCUAAGCUUUCUUGUAUAAUUCGAAAUAGAAACCGACAGCACGUUACGUGGUCCCGUGUUACUUAUGUAAAUGAAAGUCGAAAAAUUACCGAUCUUUUUUGA